AUCAAUUGAUGUAUCGAAGUUUGAAAACAAAAAAGUUUUCCAAAAUGACACCUAUUUCCUACAAAUUUCACUAUUAUGAUGAGUCAAAUGACAAUUCACACUUAACCUAUGUUUCAUUAAACAGGCUGAGCAGUUAAAUGUUUUUAUUGUCAUCACUGUAAUGACUAACAGAAUGUUUCAUUUACCUUUUGAGCCACAUGGGGGGGAUGAAGUCUAGCGCUUUGGCCACCCUUCACAUGUGGAAUCAAAGUCUCCUGUCAUGACAUCUGCAUCUUUUGACACCAACAAAAACGUGCGACUUCUGAAUUCGGAAGGUUUUCAGUGGUCUGAGCUUGUGGAUUUUUUGUGAUUUCAAUUAAUGUUAUUCCCAAUAAUUUACCUUUUUUGUUUUGUUUUUUUACAAGUCGUUUUUCCUUUCAGUAAGUUCUGAAAUCUCAACUAAACUAGGCCAACAGCAAAUUGCACAUGUGGUUUAAAUGGUGCCGGAUUGGACUGCUCUAACAUGGACCCUACAGUGGGAAUGAACUGCUCUAAGCGAGUUUGACUUAUAUUCUGUGCGUUUUCACGCAGUGGCAUGUUUUACGCUUUCUCGUGGGCAUAACGGCUGAUUGGCCAGGUGUUGUCAUGGAGAUGGACGCAGGGAACCAGAGGAGGUUCAACUCGAAUAAAAGCCUGAAAAAAGGUUGUUAAUGAUGGAGGGCAGAGCGGCCUGAACCCAUUGGUUCCUCACGUGCUAUUACGAUGCAGCGAGCGCGUGUUUGUCGUCUGUGACCUCUUCUGACCAGUUGAUGUCCCCUCGGUGAACUGACGGGAUCGGAUUCUCUGUCUGAAAGAUGGAGGUGGAGAACUGCUGGCGACGUCUGCUUCUUCUGCUCUGCUUCGUCACCCUUCGUAGCUCGGCCAUAGAAACCGUGAACGUGGUUGACUUCUGUGGCCAGACAAUUCGGGGUGAUGGCAUGAUUGUAAACUCACACCAGGAGUCCAAGAAGUACUACUUUGUAACCAUGGGGACCGACUGCCACCUCACCAUGCAGUCCAGCUCUGUUAAAGACAAAGUCCAGUUCUACUUCCGCUUUUUCUUGGUCUACAGUUUGCUGCGAGUGGCCCCUCUGAGCCCAGCCCCUCUGUUUCCAGAGUCCUCUCGUGGCUCUGCCUCCCUCAACCCCAGACUGGAGUCCACAUCUGGAGCAAGCCUGAGCGACCCAUGUCAUGCUGGGUCAUACAUCCAGUUCUAUGAUGGACGGGACAGGAGCUCACCUCCUCUGGGCCCCCCCCUUUGUGGAAAGAGCCCUCCCCGGCCGAUUCUGUCCACAGGAAAUUAUCUCACCCUGAGAAUAGUGACUCGAGGAACCCAGCCAAGAGUGGACUUUGUGGGGGACUUCACCUCCUUCAGACUGGGUUUCAACCAUUCAGAGUGCAACAGCGAGCCCUAUUUCACCUGCAGAAAUGGGAAAUGCAUCCCUAUCAGUUUGGUGUGCGAUGAUAAAGGUAUUGACAACUGUGGGGAUGGAAGUGACCUGGAGGAAAACCUGACGACCGGCUGCAAAGCAGGUCAACUUUUACCACCUGAACCUCCACCACAAAUAGCAACACCACCCCCUGUUGUGAAUCCACCUACAGACCUGACCCCUAACCUACUGAACUGUGGCAUUCCAGACACUGCUCCAAACCACGAGUCAGUAACAGAUUCUCCUGCCUCUCCUCCCCUGUUGGUCCUCUAUGUCAUCUUGGGUGUGGUCCUGGGUGGUGUUGUGCUUUGCUGCUGCUGCUGGUCACCUGGCUGGUUCCUCUGGCGCAUCAGCAUCUGCCGCUUCUCACGCUGCUGCAACUCAGCCUGCGCCUCCUGUCAGCUCUGCGCCCACAGCUGCACCCACAGCAAGGAGCACCGACUGGCGAAAGUGGCACCACACAUACCUGCCAACGGAGGCCCAGCCGUCACAGCAGUCCCCACUAACAGCACUGAGGAAAAUGUUACCACAGCGGAUAUAUAGAGCAGGAGCAUGGUCACACUGAUUCUGAGCUGUGACGGGUGAUGGAUAUGCAUUAGGCAGAACAGGAUGAGAAACAGGCUUCAGUGUGCCAUGUUGGACUGUGGUUUGUGAGCUUUAACCGUUAUAAUGUAGGAGAAGUGUCUGGUGAAGAAGGUAAAGCAGGGUAAGUUUAACUAUGGACGUAUAAAAGUAUUUAAGGUAACUGAAGAUUUAGGAUUAAUAAACGUCUCUGGUAGUGCAGCCUGUAAACCCUGGGCAGAGCAGAAUGAGGAGUGUUAUAGCUUCAAGCGUGUUUCUUUACAACAAGCUCUUGCAGUGACCACUGGACCACAGCUCGGCCCCGGACACAUGCUGAGGACAUAGAACCACAGCUACAGCUGUUCUCCCCAGGAGAAUGUUCCGUUCUCCUUCAGCAGGCCCCCUUUGCUCUUUAUUCCAUAUACUACAUAGGCCAGUGUAAAGUCAGGACAGAGGUGGCAAAGUACUCGAGUAUCCAGCCAACACACAUCACUAUAAACUUUAUGAACUUUAUAUUUGUUUUUGUGUGUAAAAAAAUAAGUUAUCUUGAGAACAUAUAGAAACACUUACAAGAUGAGAAUUAUUAAUUGGCGUUUUAGGAUAAAAAUAAAGCUGCUUUACAAAUCAUUUUAUAAAACAUAUUCCCCACUAUUAAGUGUUUGCAGGGCUCUGUUUCUUCCUGUCUUGUUAAGUAUGGAUGUAGUUUACAAAAAUAUGUACAAAACAUAUUUUUACAUAUGUGUUCAUGUUUUUACUUGUAAACCUGUAUUGUAUUAUGUCAUUGGCAAAUAAAAAAUAUAUUUCAUUGA